AACGCCUCACUGCUAUGUGUGUUUCAGUUUCAUUGUGAGAAUGACAGCCGAGCAGAUGAUGUUCUCCGUGAGAAACCUCAAUUUGAAGCCUGAGCAGCAGCAGCAGCAGCAGCAGCAGCACAUGCCACACUCUAAUGGACCUGCUGGACCUGAAACUGGAAAUAAACUAAAUUCUGUGUCCAUGAAAACUGACCAGCCAAUGGAGUCUUAUUUUAAAAAAAUUGCUGAUGGAAGGAUUGAUCACAGACUACAAUCUUCUGGAUCUUCACCCAGCUGUGUCUCCUUCAACAGCAACAAGUCAAAAAGCAUGAUUUAUAAGUUUAAAAAGCAAGAUCCUGAUGAGCUGAAGAUUGAGGACUGGGAGAACUCAGAGGAUCAAAGUCAUCAGUAUGACGUGGACUCCAACUUUAUGCAACUGGAGGACAAUAUUAUCCCUUUUGGGAAAAAUGAGCUGAAAAACCUGCAGAAGAGUGUGAGUCCAGAUAACUCAGAAGGCAAUGAGUGUGAGGAUGACAGAUUUUUGGGGUGUGACGACAAACAGCAGAAAGACUCAUUUCUAAGGAGCACGCUGCACUUCCUAAGAAAAAUGAACCAGGGGAAGCUGGCUGACUGUCUACAGAGCAAAUGCCAUGCUGCAGUUUGUCAGCAUAAAUUUAAAUACAGUCUGAAGAUGAAAUUUCAGUGUGUGCUUGAGGGCAUUGCUAAAGCAAGAAACCCUACCCAUCUGAAUCAGAUCUACGCUGAACUCUACAUUACAGAUGGGGAUACUACAGAGGUCAAUAAUGAACAUGAAAUCAGACAGCUUGAAACAUCAUCCAGGAAAGUAGACAGGCAAGAAACAACAAUCAAACGAGAAGACAUUUUUAAAGGUUUACCUGGAAAAAAGGAAGAGAUCAGAACAGUGCUCACAAAGGGAGUGGCCGGCAUUGGGAAAACAGUCUUAACUCAGAAGUUCACUCUGGACUGGACUGAAAACAUAAGCAACCAGGACAUCCAGUUCACAUUUCCAUUUACUUUCAGAGAGCUGAAUGUACUGAAAGAGAAAAAGUUCAGCUUGGUGGAACUUGUUCAUCACUUCUUUACUGACAUAAAAAAAGCAGGAAUCUGCAGCUUUGAUGAGUUUCGGGUCAUGUUCAUCUUUGAUGGUCUGGACGAGUGUCGAUUUUCUCUGGACUUUCACAACACUGAGAUCCUGACUGAUGCUACACAAUUUGCCUCAGUGGAUGUGUUGCUAAUAAACCUCAUCAGGGGUAAUCUGCUUCCCUAUGCUCACCUCUGGAUAACCACACGGCCUGCAGCAGCCAAUCAGAUUCCUCCUGAGUUUGUUGACAUGGUGACAGAAGUCAGAGGGUUCACCGAUGAACAAAAAGAGGAGUACUUCAGGAAGAGAUUCAGAAAUGAAGACUAGGCCACAAGCAUUGUUUCCCACAUCAAGUCAUCACGAAGCCUCCACAUCAUGUGCCAUAUCCCAGUUUUCUGUUGGAUCACUGCUACAGUUCUGGACGAUGUACGGAAGACUAGAGAGGGAGCAGAGCUACCAAAGACUCUGACUGAGAUGUACAUCUAUUUCCUGGUGGUUCAGUCUAAAGUAAGGAAGAUCAAGUAUCAUGGUGAUGCUGAAACAGAUCCACACUGGAAUUCAGAGAGCAAGAAGAUGAUUGAAUCUCUGGGAAAACUGGCUUUUGACCAGUUACAAAAAGGAAACCUGAUCUUUUAUGAAUCAGACCUGACGGAGUGUGGCAUCGAUAUCAGAGCAGCCUCAGUGUACUCAGGAGUGUUCACACAGAUCUUUAAAGAGGAGAGCGGACUGUACCAGGACAAGGUGUUUUGCUUCGUCCAUCUGAGUGUUCAGGAGUUUCUGGCUGCUCUUCAUGUCCAUCUGACCUUCAUCAACUCUGGUAUUAAUGUGCUGGAAGAUCAGCUAAAAAUGCCUUUAUGGUCUAAACUGUUUAAAGAAAGAAAUUAUUUAAAAUAUCUCCACCAGAGUGCUAUUGACAAGGCCUUGGAAAGUCCGAAUGGACACCUGGACUUGUUUCUCCGAUUCCUCCUGGGUCUUUCAACUCAGACCAAUCAGGGUCUCCUUCGAGGCUUACUGACAGACACAAAAAGACAUUUUGAGAGCAAUCAGGAAACAAUCCAGCACAUUAAGAAGAAAAUUGGUGAGAAUCUGUCUGCAGAGAAAAGCAUCAAUCUCUUCCACUGUCUCAAUGAACUGAACAAUCGUUCUCUUGUGGAGGAGAUCCAACAGUCUCUGAGAUCAGGAAGUCUCUCUAUAGAUAAACUGUCUCCAGCUCAGUGGUCAGCUCUGGUCUUCAUCUUACUGUCAUCAGAAAAUGAUCUGGAUGUGUUUAACCUGAAGAAAUACUCUGCUUCAGAGGAGGCUCUUCUAAGGCUGUUGCCUGUGGUCAAAGCCUCAAGAAAAGCCGUAUUGACUUUCUGCACCCUUGCAAAGAGAAGUUUUGAGGCCUUGUCUUCAGUUUUUACUUCUGAGUCUUCUAGACUGAGAGAACUGGACCUGAGUAACAACAACCCCCAGGAUUCAGGAUUGAAGAUAUUAUCUGCUGGACUUGGGAGUCCACAGUGUAUGCUAGACAAUCUCAGGCUGAAUGGCUGUUUCAUAACAGAACGAAAUGUUGGUUCCCUGGCCUCAGUUCUCAGCUCCCAAACUUGCAGCCUGAGAGUGCUGGACCUGAGUAACAACGACCUGCAGGAUUCAGGAGUGGAACUACUGUCUUGUGGCUUGCAGGGUCCUUCCUGCACGCUAGAAACUCUCAGACUGAGUGUCUGUAACCUCUCUGAAGCAAGCUGUGCAGCCCUGUCCUCAGUUCUUAGCUUGCAAUCCUCUAGUCUCAGAGAGCUGGAUCUGAAUAAUAACAACCUGCAAGAUUCAGGAGUAAAAUUGCUGUUGAUAGGACUGAAGAAUCCACACUGUAGACUGGAAACUCUCAGGAUAUCAGGCUGUUUGAUUACAGAGGAAGGCUGUGCUUCUCUAGCCUCAGCCCUGACUUCUAACCCCUCUCAUCUGAGGGAGCUGGACCUGAGCUACAAUCACCCAGGAGACUCAGGAAAAAGGCUGCUAUCUUCUGGACUUGAAGAUCCCUGUUGGAGACUACAGAGUCUCAAGUUGGAGCCUGCUGGUGUCCAGUGGCUCAGACAAGGUCUGAGGAAGUAUUUCUGUGAGCUUACAGUCAACACAGAUACAGUAAACAGAAACCUUAAACUGUCUGACAACAACAGGAAUGUGACAUAUGUGAAAGAAAAUCAGUCAUAUCCUGAUCAUCCAGACAGAUUUGACCAGAAUCAUCAGCUGCUGUGCAGAGAUGGUCUGACUGGCCGCUGUUACUGGGAGGUUGAGUGGAGUGGAGGUGUGCAUAUAUCAGUGAGUUACAAGAGAAUCAGCAGGAGAGGAGAAAGAAAUGACAGUUGGUUUGGAGGGAAUCCUCAGUCCUGGAGUCUGUUCACCGAUGGUGUUUACUCUAUCUGGCAUGAUACAAAAGGAACAUCCAUCCCUUCCUGUUCCUCUUCUUCCUCUGUCUCUGGCAGAGUAGCAGUGUAUGUGGACUGUCCUGCUGGCAUUCUGUCUUUUUACAGAGUCUCCUCUGACAAGCUGAUCCACCUCCACACCUUCAACACCACGUUUGAUGAACCUCUGUAUCCUGGGUUUGGACUCUGGUCUUGGUCUUACUUAUCACUGGCUUCCUCGGUACGUUUGUGUUCUUUGCAGAAAUAAUUCACUUUUUGUUAAAUAAACUCAGACUGUUGACUGUGUCACACUGGUCAGGAUCACACACAGCUACAGACCCAGUACUACAGAACAAAUCCAGAUGUACAUCAAGUAUAUCUUUUCAUUACACAGAUUCACAUUUGAGCUGUCUUUCAACUCACAUGUGACUGAAUUUUGUUCUUGUGUCCUUAAAAGCAAAGGAUAAAGACAGUAAGAGUUAUAACUGCUGCCACCUGGUGAUUAGUCACUCAACAACAAAAUGCAUUUGUUUAUUGUUUUCCAUUUUGACGAGACAGAUAGGCUUACUGAGUUUGGUUGCGAGCGUGUCCUGGAAAGAAACAGAUUCCUGCUAAUUAUUACUUAGUAAUAUCAGAGUCUAAAGAUUUCUUGUGUAACACUUUUAAUGAACGCACUGGUACUUGUAGUAUUUUUCUACACUAACUGAGCAUUCAAAGUGAGUUUCACUAUUAGCCACAUUCACUCACAAAUAUUCAUGCAGCACUUUAAUCUAUGUUUAUAAGCACUUUUUUUUCUGUCAUGCACAAACUGACUGCUGGCUGCACUGGAUACCCCCUUAUACAUUUAUUAAAGGAGGGAAUUAGCAAAACAGUUGUUGUAACCAGGCUGUAAACAUGUUUGUUAUGUUGUUACCAUGUUGUAAAAAUGUUAAUAUUUUCAUAUUUUUUUAACAGUAUACUUGUAGAUGUGUUUUCAAAAAGUACUUGUAUAAAAUGUAAAUGAACAUAGAAAGCAAUCCGCAAACUAUUUAAACAUAAUAUUUAUUAAAGAUAAGAUGAAAAAACACAUAAAAUUCUGAGGAAGUGUAACUUUUUUUUUAUUGUGUGAAUGCUUUAAGCAUCCACACUAUUGAGUUCCUUCUUGAUGUUUCCGUACACUUUUCGCCGUGGAUCUACUUCCACAAUUUUUUUGCUAUUUUCACCGUUCAAAUUUUAAACUAUUCUGCUAUUUCUGCUAAUGACGGCUAUGUCUUUUGGUAUUUUUCACUAUUAUACUUUUUAAAAUAUUAAGCUUUUUUCCUUUAAUUUGAAAUGAAUGGGAAACUUCUGCAAUUCUGCUAAAAUUUGCUUGUUUUUGAAACUUAACUACUUCCUCAUAUUUUCACAUAGAGCAACCAUUCAAACUUUAAAAUGUUCUCAAAUUAUUGGGCUAUUCAGGUAUAAAUCAGCUUUUUCAAAUCUUUUACCGUUUUACUUUUAUGCCUCUUAAAGUUUUCAGUUGCAAAAUUGUGAUUUUUCACAAAAUACAUGCGUUGUUAUGGUUGCUAUGCACUUGGCUUCCAGUGUGCCACUGAAGGUUUUGCAGUCUUCUCUUCAUGUCCGAACAACUUCUUGCUACUUGCUCAAUUUUCACUCAACUUCCACAAAUUAUACAUCAAAACGUAGUAUUUUGCUGGCUUUCAGGAAAUGUCACUAUCAUUGUUGUGGGACUUAUAGAAUUUUUGCAAAUCUCCUCAGACCAACACAAAGUCGAAAACUCUCCAUAGAAAGUCAAUGGAGAGUUGUUCAAAAUCACCGCUUGAUUUCUGUAAUGAGAGGCAUAUUCGAAUCGUCAUAUCUCCUUAACGAACAAAGUUAAGACAUGAGGCUUGUCCCAGUAUAUCUUCAGACACUCCUGACGCUCACAAUUCAAGAAUUUCUUUCUCACCUAUUACCGUUCUGAAAUGAGUUAGACUUGUUUGAGGGUAGGAAAUUCGUCCUUCGCUCAGAUUUCUUCAGAUUUCAAACUCUGGAAAUGAACCACUUUUUUCUCUCGUCAUAACUUUUUGUUGGAUUUCCACAGAGACCUGAAAAUUUCCAUGACUGUUCACCAAAGCCUGCUGUCUCUUACGGUGAAAGAAUGAUAUCGAUCUCCAAAUAGAUUUAGAGUUAGAAAGCGUUGUUUGAGGGCAAGUCAAGGCAGUUUUUGCUUCGCUCUACUCAGUUAUGGUGCAUUACAAGUCAAAUAUCUUUAAUAAUUCAUAUUUUAAUGAUAAAUUGUUAACACUGGAAGAUUCCCCCAUCUCUUCUGAACAAAACGGUGUAAGAAUGACCGCUCUAGCCCCUACGGUUAGGAAAUUAUGGUCAUUUGUUUGAGGGGAGUCGUCACUAUGAGAAAUAGACUGCAAAAAUCCUGUGUCUCUCUGUGCUGCAUGCACCUGUUUUGGUGGGAAAAAGUACACAGCCUCUCUGAUUGGUGGAUUCAAAUUCAGCAGCUCCCAGCUGCUGACUGACUAGGAAACUUACUUCUCUCUCCGUGUGUGUGUGUGUGUGUGUGUCAGAGAGAGAGAGAGAGAGAGCCUUUUAAUGGGAUGAUCUCAUUGUAAGAUUCAAAUUCAAUAUAUUUAGACUGGUUGACUGAAUUGGAUCUUGUGUGUGUGUCUCUCUGUGCAUGUGUGUUUCCUUAUGUGUACAUAUUUGUGAUUGUGUGGCUGUUAUAUAUUUUUUUGCUGAUUUUUUUCAUUUAACAAGUAUAUUUGAGGGACCCUCAGCAUGUUCAGCAUUUUUUCAGCUGUCCAUUUUGCUUUUCCAAUUUUUCUGUUUAAGUUAUUACUAUUGUGCUAAAUCAUACUAUUUCUGCUAUUUUAUAAGAUUUGUGCUAAAUAUAGUAUUUCUGAUUAAUUAUAGUUUUUCUACCAAAUCAUAGUACAGUAUUUCUGCUUUUUAUAGGAUUUGUGCUUAAUAUAGUAUUUCUGCUAAAUGUAGUAUUUAUGCUUAAUCAUAGUAUUUCUAUAUAUUUCUGCCAGGUCCCCAGGCAGCCAAUCCUCUGUGAGGACUAAGGCAUUCAAAUUUACAUAUCAGGGCCUGCGCGGCUUCCCAGCCAGCCAAUCAUAUCUUAGGGAUGAGAUGAGACAUUCAAAUUUACAAAUCAGGGCCUGGACGGCUUCCCAGCCAGCCAAUCAUAUAUGUGGGCUGAGGCAUUCAAAUUUGCAUAUUGGGGCCUUCGUGGCUUCUAAGCCAACAAGUCAUCGAUGUCAUAUAUCUCUAAAAAUUCAUAUUUUAAUGAUAAAUUGUCAACACUUGACGAUUCCCCCAUCUCUUCUGAACAAAACGGUGUAAGAAUGACCGUUCUGGCCAAUACAGUUAGGAAAUUAUGGUCAUUUGUUUGAGGGGAAUCCUCACUAUGAGAAAUAGACUACAAAAAUCCUGUCUCUGUGCUGCGUGUGUGCACCUGUUUUGGCGGGAAAAAGUACACAGCCUCUGUGGAUUCAAAUUUAGCAGCUCCCAGGCUGCUUGACUGAAAACAUGCUUCUUCUCCCUGUUUGUGUGUGUGUGUGUGUGUGUGUGUGUGUGUGUGUGUGUGUGUGUGGGAGAGAGAGAGAGAGAGAGACCCUCUUUAGGGCAGCAUCUCAUUGUUGGAAAAAAAUAUAAUAUAUUCAGACUGGUUGACUGGCAUAGACCCUCCGUGUGUCUCUCUCUCUGUGCAUUUGUGUAUACAUAUUUGAUUUUGUGUGUAUCUGUUGGCUGUUCCUUCUUGUUUUUUAAAUUUAUUUUUAUUUCUUUAUUUUUUUUCCACAGGUGAACAACAAUUAGUUUUGGGGAACUUAACCAUGUUCCGUUUUUUUUUUCAGCUUGUCAUCUUACUUUUCCAGUAUUUUCACUUAAGUUAUUACUAUUCUGCUCAAUCAUAGUAUUUGUUCUAAAUCAUUGUUAUUAUGCUAUAUUGUAGUAUUUCUGCUAAAUCAUAUAUUUCUACUA